UACUGGGUAGUAAGUAGGUAGUAAGUAAGGAGGGAGGACGUUAGAGAUUAUUAGUAGAUCCUCCGUAUGUACCUGUACCUCCGAACCUCAGAGUAAAUGGAGCAUAUACAUGGCAAAGAAACAACAUUAAAAUAAAACCAAGAAAUACAAUGGAUAUCACAGUGAAAUAAUUUACUUGAAAAUGGCAUAAUAUUCCUUGAUAAUUUUGCUGUGAUGCUGGCCAUUUCUCCCCAAUGUUCUUCUCUAAUUUUUUUUUUCCCAUGACUCUUAGCUCCGUUGGGUUGCUUUCAUUUCUCGCUCGCGCGGAGACCCAGUCCAAACUCCAAAGCAAUUUCUCCCCCCACGCGACGCGUUCUUUAUAUAGAAAAAAGAAUUGCUAUUCAACACACAGCCUCAACUUGGUGAUGUGACAAUCAGUCUGUUAUCACAAUGGAUGAUGCUACUACUUCCCUGCUCACUGAACAUUUCAGUUAUACCCCUCUGUCGCUGAUAGACGACAUUAUCAAUUCAAUCAACAAUCUCAUAUACCAAGCGAUUUCCAGUCUCGAAAAUGGUCUUAAUUCCACCCCUCCGGAGCGUCUGGGAUUUGGACACGCCAGCAAUAGUUCUACCAUCCCCGACACGGACGAAGACGGGAACGUUGUUUACCCGGAGGCGCAACUGGAGAUAGAGAAUGGAUUGCAUCAAUUAGAAACUCUCCUUGAGGCGACUGUGGACAAGGCCUUUGAUAAAUUCGAAAUUUUCGUGUUGCGAAAUAUUUUCAGGGUGCCGGAUGACCUGGCGGGGUGGAUCAGACUCAAGCAUUACGAGAAUAUAUCUCUGAACCCGUCCCCCGAUGCCUCAACCCCUGAAACGAUUCUCGCCCAGCGCCGAAAAUUACAAGAAACCAAGAAACUGAACCGGGCGUUGAAGCAAGAGAGCGCAAGAAAUGAGUUGAUGAUUUCCCAGCUGCGAACAAUUUUGUCAGCGGUACAAUCGCCAGAGGCUGUCAACGAUACCAAAGGGGAGGGUGAAUCUACGUCCGUUGCGCCCGGGAAGAAGGAUAUUAUGGACUUGUCAUUCUUAACAUCGAGUCCUGCUGCUCGCCAAUUACGGAUUGGGGUCGCUACUGGUUCAAACACACAACAACAUACACCCCUGACAACUAACACCACUUUUAUCUUGUCUCAACUCCCUGCGCUACAGGCGGUCUUGAGAGAGUUGCAGCCUAGACUCGCUACUUUGCCGAAGUCUGCACCUGCGAGCGACAAGGAAUCCAAGGCAGAUGAGAGAAGAGAGUACAUUGAUAAUAGGAUCAGACUGCAUCUUGAGCGAUCUGGUCAGCUAGCGGCUGCAAGUGACGGCAAUACUGCUUUCGCUGGCCGUAAGAUGGAUAUUUCUGAAGCGCAGGCGCUUGAAACCGUCGCGGGGAUGCUUACACAAGGGUCUACAAAGAAGGACUAGGAAGAGGGAAGAUUGAGCAUUUUUCUUUCAAGAAUCUUCUCC